GGUAGCGACCAUGCUGAUAUUAGUGUGUUUCGCCUCCCCCCUGGUGGUUCUCAAGAAUAUGCUGACAAUUUACGCCACCUCGUCCCAUCCCCUAGUCAACGACAAUUGGAGAUGCGCAGGACAGAGACCAGUAUCACGAAGCCACCUCUUAUUCUUAGACUCAACCCUUCACGUUGCCUUGGAGUUCCCAACUGUACGACCACGGAUAUUAUGCAUCUAGCUGGUAACCUCAGUGACCUCCUCAUUUCUCUUUGGCGUGGAACGAUAGAUUGUGCCGCUACAGAUGAUGUAACUACAUGGGAUUGGGCAGUACUCCAUGACGCGGAAGCUUGG